AUGGCCACGGCGGCGCGCGCUAUUCGCUGCGAGCUGAGGAGGCAGGACAACCCGGCGGUUAGCAGGCGCGACCCGGCGGUUCCUGUUCAGGUACCGGUUCCGAAACCCGUGGCGCCGGAUCCGAAGACCGCGAAGAUCGUGCUGCAGCCGCGGCUCUGCACUCUGAGAUCGUACGGCUCGGAUCUCUCCGGAGUGAUGAGGACGAAGAAGGACGACACGUCGCCGUUCUUCGCGGCGCUGUCGGAGUACAUCGAGAGCUCGAAGAAGAGCCAGGACUUCGAGAUCCUGUCGGGUCGGCUAGCCAUGGUGGUUUUCGCUGCGACGGUAGCGACGGAGGCGGUGACCGGAAACUCCUUGUUUGGGAAGGUGGAGGUGGAGGGGAUCGCGGAGGCGGCGGGGGUGUGUUUGGCUGCUGUGGCUUGCGCGGCGGUCUCCGCUUGGCUAUCCAGUAACCGGAAGAACGUGGGUCGGGUCUUGAGCUUAAGCUGUAACGGGUUAAUAGAUUCGUUGAUUGAUCAGAUUGUGGAUGGCUUGUUUUAUGAGACUAGCGACCUUAGCGAUUGGUCUGAUGAGGUGUGA